AUGAGUUCAUCGAGCUCACAGGAGGGUCGACAACAAGAACGGCUGCAAGAGUUGGAGGGUGUGCUCGACGACAAGGAACAAGCCGUGCUAGCGCUGCAAAAAGAGGUGAAACGGUUGACUCGGGAGCUCACGUCCGGGGGCUCGGGUGAAGUCCAGAAAUCUGCGCACCCUUUAGAGCCGGUGAUCCACCUCGUGGGCGACAGCAAAACCAAGCACUAUGCCAUCGGGCGAAGGGUGAGCAUGGCGACCGCAUCGGCUCUGGAGGACCUCGCACCAAUGCAAAGGCGGGAUUCCAUGGCCAGAAAGAUGACCAAAAUGUUCAAGACACCCGACACGCAUGCGGCCUUCCUAACCUCUUCCCGGUUCGCCCUUGACCUCAUCAAGGUGUGCCAGCGGGUGGCCCCGAUCUUUGAGGCGGAGCCGAGAGCCGUGCUGCUGCAAUCCCCAGUGUACGUGUUCGGGGAUAUUCAUGGCAACCUCGAGGAUCUUAAUUUCUUUGCCGACAAUAUGUGGAAGCUGGGGAUGAAUGUAACCGCCGGCAAGUUUCUGUUCCUGGGAGACUACGUGGACAGAGGGAUGCAGGGUCUGGAGUGUCUGGCCUACCUGUUUUCCCUCAAGAUCGAGAACCCCGACAAAAUGUUCAUGCUCCGGGGCAAUCACGAGCUGAGAGACGUGAACGGCUGGAUCGAGCACUACGGGGAGAGGUCAUUUUUGUGGCAAUGCCAGAACCGUUUCGGCGAGGCUCUUGGCGAGAAAGUGUGGGAGUCUUGCAACGCCGUCUUCGACCGGCUGCCUCUCGCGGGGGUGAUUGAUCAGGACAUAUUUUGCGUGCACGGCGGCAUCCCGCGCCCGCUUGAGGGCUCGACUUCUCGUAUACAGGACAUCAUGUGCGUGCCGCCGGUGGCGAGCGUGUGCCCUCCGAACGAGUGCGAGACGUUCGAGUCACAGCAGGUGGCCUCGGACUGCAUGUGGUCAGACCCUGCUAAGGACGAGCAGGAGUUAGCCUUGGAAGAUUCAGGAUUCGGCGAAAGCUUGCGGGGAGGUGGAGCAAUCUGCUUCGGUACGAAGGCGAUCGACGAUUUCCUCACACAGGGCAACCUCAGCUAUAUCGUGCGCGCACAUGAAGCACAUUCGGAGGGGGUGUCAUUGAGCAAGGGGGCGAAGGUGUUCACGGUCUUCUCGACGUCCAAAGACCACGGUCAGGGCAAAGGCGCGACCUGCGGCUGCAUUCUUGUGGACUACUACCGCCUGCUGGUAAUUAACCGAUCGGUCAAGUACAAGAACAAGUACGUACACCGCAGGGACAGCAUGUCCCUGGCAAAUCUCACCCUGCAGGAGCUCCAGGCCCAGGUCGACCUCGGCCUGGUGGUGCAGCCAGACUCCGAGGACGAGAGCGACGACGAACCCGCGGGAUACUAUGACCAUGCAGCAGGGGAGGAUGACAUGAUCGAGCGAAAGAGCGGGGGGAAAUGA